AUGUCAGGGCGCCCUAGCUCGACAGUGCCAUUUACACCGAGGCCGUCGAAGCGUACGAACAGCAACAAGUUCCAUCUCACGGAUCAGGAGAUCAAUCGGUAUGCCAGCACGAUAGCCUCGGUCCGCCGUGUUGGGCGAGGAACCAUUCUAGAGGAGCUGGAACGUAGCGGUGACGCGCUCAAGACUGGAGACACGCCGCAAAGUGUGGCCGGAGGGACACGAGACCGCAGCGAGUUUGGCAGCGAGAGGACAGAGCGACCGGACCACGAGCGCCGGCCUUCGUCUGGAGGAUCGAGGACCGAUUCAUUGAGGCGCGAACUGCCCAAUCCUUCACGAUCCAGCAGUGCAGCUCGUCUGUCGCGCCCCGACAGCAUCUCACACCUCGACGCCGUGAGCCGUCCCGACUCGGUGCUCCGUGAGCGUGAGCGCGACAGCGGGAAGGGUGGACGCGAUCGGGAGAAGGAACGCCUGGAACGCGUGUUCGACCGCGAGCUCGCAGAGAGGGGCAAGGCCGACAAGAAGUCAAGCGACGACCCCAGCGCUUUCCCUUCCAGUCGCGUGAGGGAGAGGGAAAUUGAGGUCCAGGCCGUCAUCCGUGACGGCACCCAGUCUCCCGUAAAGCAACCUGAACGGCUCCUCGAUGGCGUACCCCUCGAAGUACAGGAAGCGUGGGUCUGCGAGGACCUCAUGUUUGUCCUCCAGGGCCUGGAGGGAUCGCUCAUUCGGUAUGCGGAUGGAUACGACCCCCUCGACUCUGACUCGAGGCUCCGAGGAGCGCGGUGGUCUGUGGACCCCAGCCUCGACCCAUCAUUACUUUCGCUCGUCAACCGCCUGUUGCCGCUUGCGACGUUCUUCACGUCGGUCGAGGCGAGCAUUGAGCUUCGCAAUGGCCCAGAUUUCGGCAUGGUCUCUCACGCUCUCAGCAGUGGCAUCCGUGGCAUGCUGAAGGAAUACCGUGUCCUCACUGCUCAGCUCGAGUCACUUUUCCUCUCCUCUUCAACAUUCACUCUCCAGACCCUCUACUUCCACCUCCACCCGACCCUGCACACCAUGUCACUGCUGUCAUCGCUGUGCCUCUCGCUCGAGACAGAGGACGACGGUGGCGACGCCUCGGACGUGUCUGAUGACGACGACGGGCUCGGUGGCAUGGCCGAGGAGCUUGGUCUUGGCGGUGCAGGGCUCAAGGGCCUCAUGAAGAACCUCAAGACACAGGAUGGCUUUGGUGGAGGUGGCCUAGUGCUUGGUGGCGAGGUGCUGGGCAUCAUCAGCGAGCGCGAGGCGACCAUGAGCGGUGACCCAACGGCAACAACAUUGCAUUCGCAGUUGCUCCACCGCGCCUCUCAGCCAUACGCCCGCAUGCUUCUUCGCUGGAUCUCCACCGGUUACCUCGCGGACCCAUUUGAGGAAUUUAUGGUCAAGGAGAGCGGACACAUCACAAAGGGUGUCAUCGAGAGCGAUUACACGGACGAGUAUUGGGACCGGCGAUACACAUUGCGCGACGGGUCGUCGUUGACGUCAAGUGCAAAGAUCCCAGGCGGCAAGACGCCUUCCCUGUCUGCAGCUGUGCCGCCGCCAAGGCAAGGUACCAACCGCCUGCCCGGAGGAGCAUGUAUUCCCGCGUUCCUACAGCCGUGGAAGCACAAGAUCCUCUUGGCGGGAAAGUACCUCAACGUCAUGCGCGAGUGUGGCAUCGAAGUCAAGAAGCCAGGGGAAGUCGACGAGGGACACGAGGCGAUUGUGAUGAAUGAACCAAAGUUCUACAAACGGAUAGAGGACGCAUACAUUUACGCCAACCAGUCGCUGCUCAAGCUGCUGGUUGACGAGCAGGAGCUGAUCCCCCAUCUUCGUUCGCUCAAGCACUACUUCUUUGUGGACCAGUCUGAUUUCUUGACCAACUUUCUCGACCUGGCAAGCAGCGACCUGACUCGUAAAGCCGCCAAGUCAGUGUCGAUUGUGAAGCUGCAAUCCCUGCUCGACCUUGCUGUCCGCAACCCCGCCUCAUCGUCCUCCAACGAUCGGUACAAGGACAACCUCAAAGUAACGAUGGCCAGCCAAGGACUGUACGACUGGCUUUUGAAGAUUGUCACCCACCACGGUGCAGCCGAGGACGGCGAGCUCGACUUUGCGGUCGACAUGGACAGGGGCGACAAGAACGAUGGUGCUGUGCUCAUGGGCAUUGACGCCAUUGCAUUCGACUACAGCGUCAAGUUUCCCCUGUCGCUCGUCAUCUCGCGCAAGGCAGUUACCCGCUAUCAGCUCAUCUUCCGCUUCCUUGUCCACCUGCACCACCUCGAGUCUGGCCUGUCAGCCAUGUGGCUCGAGCACAAGGUCGCUGCGUGGCGCGAUAGCACGGGCAACGCGGACAUGGACCACUGGAAGCAGCGCGUUUUCGCGCUCCGCUCGCGUAUGCUCGCCUUUGUCCGCCAGAUGCUCGCGUACACCACCGGCGAGGUCCUCGAGCCCAACUGGCGCUCGCUCGAGUCCAAGCUUGCCAACGUCGGCACCGUCGACCAGCUGAUGCGCGACCACGUCGACUUCCUGGACACGUGUCUCAAGCAGUGCAUGUUGACCAAUUCAAAGCUGCUUUCGGUCUACGCCAAGCUCAUGAAGACAAUGACGGCGUUUGUCUCGUACUCUGACUCGUUUAACAAAGUCAUUGCCCGUUUCCGCGCCGACCCUCUGACCGAGAGCGACGCCGCCAAGGCGAGCCACAGGUGGACGGUGUUGAACAAGUUUGAGAUCAACUUCAACCACCACACAAACCUCCACCUCGAUGCCGUGACGUACCACGCAGGGUCCGAGAACGUUGCACUUCUUGCACUGGUGACGCGCCUUCACCAGACGACGAUGCGCAUCUAG